GCCAUUGGGAACUACUCCGUCCAGCACUGCCUGGAGUAUGGCAACAAGAGCUGCCGUGCUGAACUUACCAACAUGGUGCUGAACCACUUCCGAGAGUUUGCCUUGGACCCCAAUGCGUGCGGGGUUGUCAACAAGGCUCUGAUUCAUGGUCCUCCUCAGCAGAGGAUGAUGCUGGCAAUUCUGAUUGCCAGCGAUCUGCGCACAUUUUUGGGAAUGGCGCAGAUGCAGAAGG